GUGUUUCGUGAACUUUCUUUCUCACAUACUUAUAUAUAUAUGUGUGUGUAAGUUCCUUUUGGUUGAUAUAAAACAAGAGCAGAAGAAGAAAAAGAAAGAUAUCACCCGAAGAAAAAGUUCUCGUAGAAAUCAAUUGAAGACAAUGAAGCUAAUUAGAGUCACCUUCUUGCUUUGUGCAUUGACCUUUUUAUUCCUUAUAACUUCAACUUCAGCAGCUGUAACCGAAAAGAUUAUGAGAAAAAUGGCGCCACGGAAACUCAUGAUCAUCUCUAGUGAACAUGAUAAUGUGAUGACAUCAGGUGCUCAUGAAGGUUCAAGUGAGCAACUUCCAGUCACUUCUUCUGGCAAUUCUAAGAAUGAAGAUAAGAGAUUAGGUGAAAAAGAAGAGGAGAAUGCUCUAGCGAAGUAUCUAUCGAUGGAUUAUCCAAGGUUUAGAAGAAGACGACCAGUUCACAACAAUAUGCCUCGAAGUCCAUGAAAAAUGCAUUUUUUAUUUCAAAGAAGAAUUAAUUUGAGCUAUAUAUUAGUCAAUUAAUUAAAUUAGCUAAUUAAUUAAUUGAGUAGCAAGUUUUGGCUAUCCUUGUA